AUGAUUUUCAAAAACUGCACUGAACCAAGUAAUGUGCGGACAAGCACCGACAGUUUCAGAAGCAACGCUCCUGAGGUUUACAAGAAGCCUCAGAGGCAACUGGAGAAGCCUUUGAACUUCGGAACUACACGAAAUCCACAUGGGAGUGAGAAAUUCACGGCUAGCACAGAACGGCCAACGCUGUCACACAGCUGCACUCGAGGGCUCCAUGGCAAACGAGGCCUCACAGUGGUUGGCGGCAGCCUCAGCCCGUCCGUGAGCAGGCCGGGGAGCGCGAAGCGCACACACAGCGAGCCACCUCCAACCACACCGCCAGGAACUCCGACUAACCCCAACAGGUCACCGGCAGAGCCCUUCUCCCAGCGCUCCUACCACCCGCCGACGGCCGAGACCGGCGCGGGGCCGGCGGCGUAUCCCGCGUUCCAGUUCCGCGGGCGGCACGAGAACCCGGACUGGCGGCGGCUGAGCACCGUGGACGUGGAACGGGUGUCGCGGGAUGGGGACGUGGCGGUCCUGCAGACGCACUUGGAGCAUGUCACCUUCUGCAGCGCCGAUCAGGAGCGCUGCCCGCACUGCCAGGGCCCCGCAGACCCGCUGCUGCUGAAGCUGCUGCGCAUGGCACAGCUCUCCACCGAGUACCUGCUGCACUCCCAGGAGUACCUCAGCGCCCAGCUCGGCAGCCUGGAGGAGGCUCUGAGAGAGACACAGGCCCAGCGUGACCAGUUGGGGAAGGAGGUGGCCCAGCGCUUGCAGGAGAUCCAGGGGCUCAAGGAAGAAUGCAGGCGGAGGAAGAAGAUGAUCAGCACCCAGCAGAUGAUGCUGGAGGCACGAGCGAACUACCACCAGUGUCCGUUUUGUGAAAAGGCUUUUAUGACCUAUUCCUUUUUACAAAGUCACAUUCAAAGACGUCACUCAGGAGAGUCUGAGAUCGAACAGAAGAGGAAAGGAAAUACAGAAAAAUUGCAGGAUGAGAUUGAAAAACUGAAGGAGCAGUUGCAGCUCACCAAGUCCCAGUUAGAGUUUGAACAACAGGCUAAUUUGGCCAGGCUGUCUAAGGAAUGUGAGCAGCAAAAAUCAAAAGAAGAAGAGAUUCUACAAUCAUUUAACAAAUGGAAAGACGAGGAAAGAGAGAAAUUGGCUGAUCAAAUAGAAAAAGUGAAAGAUAUGUUUAUGAAAGAGCUUAAGGAGUUAUAUUCAAGAAAUUCAACCUUAGAAAAUCAACUGUUAGAAUUACAAAAGUCCAAUAUGCAACAAAAAUCCAAUUUAGGAACACUGAAAGACAGCCAUGAAUUUAUAGAGGAGAAACCUCAGCGUCCUCAGGAUCAUCCGAAUGUGGUUAGACUAAUGGAAAAGCAGGAAAAAAAGUGGACAACUUUAAUACAAGCCAUCCGUCAUGACCAUGAGACAGAAAAGUCCCUGCUACUGUCACAGAUUGAGACAAUCAAAACAUCAGCAAGAGAAGACCUGAACAGAAAUAACAUCUUUUACAGGAGGAGGAUAGAAGAAUUGGAGCAGAGGCUUCAGGAGCAGAAUGAGCUGGUUAUUAGUCAGAAGAGGCAGAUAGAAGAAUUGUCCACAAAACCACCUCCAAGUGUUAAAACAUAUGAUGUGAACACUCCUGUAGAGCGUCUUCAAGAAUCUAAAUCAAGUCCAUCAGUUACCCUACAUGAGCAGGCACCCUUGGUGCAUAUGCUGGAGCCCAUAGAGGAGCUUUCAGAAGAGGAAAAAGAAACUGAGAAAAGUGAUCUAAAACCAGAUAGAAGUAACCACUAUUUAAUAAAUGCUCUGAAGUCUGAUCCUUCUUUAACUAAAGAAUUGCGAGCUGUUUUGGAGCAAGCUCUGGAGGAGAAGCUGGAAUCCUUGGGAAUUAAAGCAGGUGUUCGUGGAAUAUCAAGUGAUCGCUUAAAUAAAAUUUUGCGAGCAAUCGAAAGUGCCAGAGAACGCAAAGAGAAGCAGGAGCCCACCAUGCUUGGAAUUCGAGAGCAUCUUGAACGUCAAGUUGGCUUUCGGGUUGAAGAGAAAUCAUUAUCUUCUAGAAGACCCGAUUCCUGUGCUCAUGUUCUUGGUGAAGAAAAACACAGGUUCAAUCCAUUGGGAGUUUCCUCAUUUGCCACACCUCAAAAGCCAUCAAAGUUGUCUCCAUCAGCUGUCCGCCCAUCUGGACAAAGAACAAUCCUCCCUGAGUUUACUUCUACUCCAAAAUCCAGGAAGAUUCUUGGAAGUGGAGGUUCCAGAAAAACAUCUAGCAUCACAACACCACCAUUCAGUUCAGAGGAAGAAGCUGAUGAAGAUGAUAUGAAACAGUCUUAUGUAACACCAGAGAUAUUGCAAAAGCAGUCAAAACCAUCAAGCAGCAUAGUCCAUGCUUUUCAGAAGCCUUCUGGCAAAAAUGAUAGGAAUGGGAUGGAGGAAAACAGAGCUGGAGAAACUGGAACACCUCCCAAAACUUCUAAAGGAACAGUUAUUAAAAGACUGACCAAACAAGUUGGAGAGAGUCUUUCUAACCAUGGAAGUAAGAACAAACCAGCUGGAGGAAUUAAUGUUACACAGGCAUUUAUUAACAAAGAAGAGGUGAAAGAACUGAAGCUCACAGAAGCUGAUGAAGACGAUUGGGAUAUUUCUUCAGCCGAGGAAGACAUUUUAUUGAUGAAAGCUGACAGAGGUCAGAAGGCGAUGACAGUUCAUAAAAAUGAGCCCAAUGGUGCAUCUGUGGUACAUGCAUGGGGCCUUCCCAAGAAAAGUGUGCCAAAGGAGGAAGGCCUUCAUGAAGCUGAUAAUACAAGCACGUUAAAAAGCAGCUUAGUCACUGUGACAGACUGGAGUGAUUCUUCAGAUAUAUAAUUGUUCCAUUCCUGAUGGGAGGUCCUGCUUUUGGGGUCUGCUGGGUUUCAAAAUGCAGGUGAAAACGUCAAGUGUUUCCCAGUAACUUUUCUCAUUGGUCCUGUAAUAACAAGGAAUACUGUUUACAGAGCUCUUGUGUCAUUCAA